AUGCCGUUCAUCAAAACCAAACCCCGGCAAUACACUGGGUGGGACACUUCGCCCUCUGGCAUCGCUAUUUUGUCGCAACGUAUGAAAGAGCAUUGCGAGAAGAAUGCAGAUACAUGGGAGCGCAACCGUAAGCUAGACGGUCUCUCGAUGACUCCUUGGACUGACCAAGGCAAAAGCUACUGGAACUGGUCCCUCGACGCGUCCGAAGUCGACGAGAACAGCACGGCAAUCUUCACGACCGAAGUGUUCGAUGCCACGACGGGCUUCGGCGGCAACGGUCCCUGGGUGGAGGCGACGGCGGAGCAGAACCCGCUGAACCUGACGGGGCGGACGGGUGGUGGCUGCGUCACCGACGGACCCUUCCGCUACCCGGCUUUCCAGGUCAACGUCGGGCUGCCGGGCUGCCUGAAGCGGGACUUCGCUCCAUGGGUCAUGAACAGCUUCGCGGCGCAGAGCAACGUCGACUACGUGACGGGGCAGCCGGAUUACACGAGCUUCGCACGGGCUCUGGAGGGGAUCCCAAGCUUCUCGCAGCCGAACAUCCAUGGAAGCGGGCAUUUUGGGGUUGGCGGCGUGCUGGGCACCAUUGGCGAUGCGGCGAACAGUCCCGGUGAUCCUCUCUUUUACCUGCAUCACUGCAACCUCGACCGCAUCCUGUGGGAGUGGCAGAAGAAGGACCUGCCGGCGCGUUUGCACCAAGUCGGAGGCCCGGUCGCGGCAUUUGACUACAGCGGAACGAACGUCACGCUGGACUUUGAGGUGAACAUGGGGCCAUUGGCUGGAAACGUGACGCUGGAGGAUCUGCUGGAUCCCCGUGGCGCGGUCCUGAUGUCGGGCGCCGCCCUCUCGGCCUCCGCAAAGGGGGCCACCUUUCUCAUCCUCCUCCAGGUCGGCUCGCGCGCUCUGACCUUCGCAGUCAACCAGGUCCUGCUCCGUUUUCUCUCCCCAGAGCUGCUUGGCGUGUCGGCCCAGCUCGAGCUCUAUGCUAUUUCCGUUCUCUACUUCUCGCGCGAGAGCUUGCGUGUCGCCCUCCAGCGCCAGGCGAGCAGCAUCCAGGCCGUCAUCAACCUUUCUUACGUGGCCAUUGCCCUCGCAGUCGUCCUUUCGCAUGCCCUUGGCUGGCUCUGGCUGCGCGCCGACGUGCCCGACGUGCCGUACUUCCGCCAGUCGCUGUACAUCUAUGCCUGCUCCACCGUCGUCGAGCUCUGCGCCGAACCUGCCUUCACCGCAACCCAGCAGCUGAUGCUCUACAAAAUCAGAGCCUCGGCUGAAAGCAUGGCCACUCUCGCCCGCUGCUUUGUGACCUGCGCGUGCGCCGUCUGGGCCAGUAGGCAGGGCUACGACGCAGGAGUCGCCUCCUUCGCCGCCGGCCAGUCUGCCUACUCGGCCGUCCUGCUUGCCGUCUAUCUGUGGCGCGUCACGCCCGUUGCAAAGAAGGACAAUUUCACCCUCCUGCCGCAGCCCCUGAAGAAGAACGACCCCAACGAAUACAUUCUCGGCUGGUUCCCGCGCUCGCUCGGCAAUCUCGGCCUCUCGCUCUUUGUCCAGUCCAGCAUCAAGUACGUGCUCACGCAGGGCGACGCCAUCCUCAUCGCGUCGCUCACCACGCUCGCCGAUCAGGGCGCCUACGCCCUCGCCUCCAACUACGGCGGCCUCAUCGCGCGCAUGCUCUUCCAGCCCAUCGAAGAGAGCAGCCGCAACCUCUUCUCGCGGCUGUGCUCGUCGGCGCCGGGGACGGGCGACUCGAAGCCGCCAAAGGCCCAGGUGCGGCAAGCGCGCGUCAUCCUGCAGACCAUCGUGCACCUGUACGGGCUGAUUUCGCUGGCGGCGUGCGCGCUGGGGCCGACGCUGGCGCCGCUGCUGCUGCGCGUGGUGGCGGGGGCGCGCUGGGCGGACAACGCCGCGGCGACGGACACGCUGGCGUGCUACUGCUACUACGUGCCGCUGCUGGCGCUCAACGGCGUCGCCGAGGCCUUCGUCGCCAGCGUCGCCACCGAGCGCGACCUGCACCGCCAGAGCGUGUGGAUGGGCGCCUUCUUCGCCGGCUUCGCCGCUGCCGCCUACCUGUUUCUGGGCGUGCUCGGGCUGGGCGCGCAGGGCCUCGUGUGGGCGAACUGCGUCAACAUGGGCUUGAGGAUUGUUUGGGCGGGCGCCUUCAUUGGGCGGUGGUUUGGAGAGAAUGGGGAGCAAUUCGACUACUUGGCCGCGCUGCCCAAGGGGCUGAGCGUGGCGGUCGCGAUGGCGGCACCGGUUGCGUUGAGGCUAUCGGAGGGAGUCUUGUCUGGCUAUGGCUUGCUCGGAGAGCUGGUCAGGUGCGGCGCCAUCGCUGGCGUCGUCGGGCUCAACGUCCUGGUCUCUGAACGCGAGUACCUGAUCGAGUGCUACUAUAUGCUGCGUCCGAAGACGGAAGCACCGCAGGAGAAGAAGGAAAAAUGA